AGUAGCCUCAAAUAGCAUGUGUACACAUACACAUUUGUCAAAUUUCAGAAUCAGAGCUGUUGAUUGCUUCGUUACGUUUAUUUACCUCAUUUUAACACACUGCUAAUUUACGCGCUCUCCUCGCCUACUUAGUGUAAAAUUCAGAAAACCUAGUGAUUUGAUGACCUUGGGUGCACCUUAGAUAUACAAAGAGAUUUUCCAAAAUCAAAUUUGGCUGCUCCCAACAACUAUUUUUAAUCCAUUCAUCAAAAUGGGAAACUGUACGGACAAUUUUCCAAAAUUGGAUAACUUUCGGACAAUGCCUUGGAAUUAUGGAGCUGUUGAAUCAAAAUUCCAUUGAGGGAACUUCCGUCAGCAUUGCGAAAUGUAAUCCAGGAGUCGUUAAACCGAAUUCUACCUUGCAAUUUGAAUUAAAAAUUAGAAUUUUGCAUCUAAAUAUGAUUGUCCUAAUGAUAUUCUCACAAUAACGCCCACCGCCAUUGAAGGACAACGACGAUACACUUCAUUUGAACUCGUUUUGUUUGAGCAAGCUCGUGGUUGGUGUCACAAGCUCGAGAUCAUUGGAAAUCGAUACACCCGAAUCCCAAAAUGGUUUAUGGUUUUCAUUCGAAAAGGGUUGGGAAGGAAAAGCUCGGAAACAAUUAUUGGUCAUUUUUUUCUCCUUUGGAUAGACGUUAUUAUGGUUUAAAUAUUUUUGUUUUGUUUUCGUUCAUAAGCGUAGCAAAAUUCUGGGUGUACCUUGCCAACGGUCAAUUCUUUUGAAUGAAUUUAAUGAAAAUGAUAAGCGCAAUCCGACGGGCGCCCAAACAAUGAAUGAAUGAGUGCAGUGUGGAUUUUCGGAACAAGAUUUUAUUAUAGGAACCAGGCUUUUGUAGUUUAAGGGUAAACAAAGUCUCGUGUUAUUGCGAAUCGUACGUGGUUAGGACGAAUUCUCUGAAUCUCUUGGAUGCGACUUCUAACGACGAUAUAAAAGCUGUUGCGGAGUCUUUGAGACGGCAUCAGUUGGCGAGUUGCGACGACAAGAUAAUCUACAGAUCUGCGAGAUGCGUACCUCAACAAUAUUGGCGGCGAGUUUUCUCGCAAUUACCGCACUGAUAUUCUCAGUCGAAGCAAACUACGAUUACUCAGCUGAAACUAGAUCUGGCAACUACGAAGGUGAUUUGGUGUUAAAUCAGCGGCAGCUGGAUACGGCCAAGAGUGGAAGAAAUCCGGUAGUCACACCGGAAGAAAAAUGGAUAAAUAAUCUGGUGCCCUACGUGGUUGAAGAAAAUUAUUUCUCACCCGAAAACAUCCGACUGAUCCGGGAAGCGAUGAACCGCAUCGAAGAGGUCAGCUUUAUCCAGUUCCGACCGCGGAAGUCGGAACAGAUCUAUCUCGUCGUGAGCGGGGAACCGACCGGUUGUUGGUCGACACUGGGCCGGCAUCGUGGACCGAACCGGAUGAAUCUCAGCCCCGCCGAGUGUAUGCGUGAGGGUUCGGUCGUACAUCAGUUGUUGCAUGUGCUCGGAUUUGGCCACGAGACCAAUUCCGUCGACCGGGACUUCUUCAUGGACAUUGUCUACCAGAACAUUGAACCCAGCUUGGGGGUUAAUUUGAGAAAGUAUGACGGAUUCCAGUUUCCCGACUUUGGCAUUUCCAUGGACAUGGAUAGUAUACUGCACUUCGGAUGGAACCACUUUAGCUUAGAUGGGUCGCAAACGAUUUACACUAAAGAAAGGAACGCCACCCUCGGUCAGCGGGAAUCGCUCAGUUUGAAGGACAUCCGGAAAUUGAACAUGAUGUACAAGUGUAGCUGGUGCUGAUGCUGUUAGAUCUGGCAACACGAUUUUCAAAUCACUCGAAAAGGCUGACAUGAUUUUAGUUUAUAAGUUUUGUUCGGAUGAUCAGUAUAUGUUUAAGCAAUUUAGUU